CUACGGACCUGUCUCUUGGUUGUUGGCUGACGAAGAUCCAUAAUCCGUUGUCGCAGUUCAGAAAAAUAAUUGUGUGUUCCUUGUGAGGGGUGUUUUUGUCAGCUCCAUUUGAAAAGAGGCGGGUUUCGUUUCAAGUGCAUUAAACAAGAGUCGAAGUCAAAAAUAAUUGUGUGUUCCUUGUGAGGGGUGUUUUUGUCAGCUCCAUUUGAAAAGAGGCGGGUUUCGUUUCAAGUGCAUUAAACAAGAGUCGAAGUCAAAAAUAAUUGUGUGUUCCUUGUAAGGGGUGUUUUUGUCAGCUCCAUUUAAAAAGAGGCGGGUUUCGUUUCAAGUGCAUUAAACAAGAGUCGAAGUCAAAAAUAAUUGUGUGUUCCUUGUGAGGGGUGUUUUUGUCAGCUCCAUUUGAAAAGAGGCGGGUUUCGUUUCAAGUGCAUUAAACAAGAGUCGAAGUCGUCAAUUUUUGAAUAAAGAAAUAGCUGAUAGCAACAACAGCCUCAAAAAUUCGAAAACAUUGUGCCUAAAAUUUCUAAUAAUGAAUUCUAAUAUAAUUCAGUCUGAGCAAAACUUUAGCGAUGCUGUUAACGGAACGUAUUGUAGCGCUUGUGCUUAUGUAAAAUGGAUAUCCCUUAUCAGUCUAUUCAUCAUUUAUGUUAUUAUAAUUUUUUUAAAUUUAUUUUUUUUGUUCAUUUUCUUGGUCACUAAAGAGCUUAAACAUUUCUACAAUCUCUUUGUAUUAUCAUUAGCUUUAAAUGAUUUACUGUUUUCUCUUUUGAAUUUCACUAAGCUUUUUUAUAUUGAAAAUUAUUUACUAGUUGAGCUAACGACUUUAACAUUACGAUAUAUUAAUUACUAUAGUAUUUUGUUAAUAAGUCUUGAACGCUGGCUCCACAUAGUCAUGCCGUUAGUAUAUAAAAAACUUUAUAGAAAAAGAAUUUUUGUAAUUUUAUUAUUGAUUAGUUAUAUUACUGCUCUCAUGAUGAGCAUUCCAUGUUUAAUCAGUCAUAUUACAUAUAAAAACUGCCAGGCAUAUUUGUUUCCUUCUCUGCAUGUCAUUAUUCUAAUCGUGUUGUUUAUCAUAUAUUGUCAAAUUUUUUCUUCUCUUCAAUUACACUACACUAACACAGCUAACAUUCGUCGACAUUUAUCAGCAAUUAAAAGAAACAAAAUGAAGCAUAAGUCAAUAAAAUUUAUUUUAGUAGUAUGUUUUGUUAACGUAGGGCUUCUAACACCUUACUGUUUUUCUACUGCAUUUACAUAUCUUUAUGUUAAUUUAAAUCAGGAAACCGUUUUGGCUGUACUUCUUAUUAGAAAGUUUUCCGAUGCAUUUGUUCAUUUGUCAAACUUUCUUGUGUAUAUUUGGAAAUGCCCAUAUUUCACAAAAACCAUUAAAGUAAAAUAUUAUGAACUUAAGUCUCUUUGUUUUAAUCAAGUUUCAGAUGACAUACAAAACAGAACUAUUAGAAACCAAGACCGUCAAACACAUUUUUAAAAUUCAACGUUAAUCAAACUUAAUAUGUGAUACCAACAGACAUAUCUGGACAAAUAUUCUUUUUGCAUUAACUGAAGAUAGCAUGAACACCCCAUCCCACCCCCAACCGAAAAUAUUGUGUAUACAUGUCUUUAAUGUUAAAUGAAUGUCACCAUUGCAGUGUUUUCCCUUAUAUUAAAUGCAUAUAUAUAUUAAGAUUGUUAGAAAUGAGUGAAACAGAAGAGAAAGUUGAGUGAAAUAAAGAUCUAUGUUUGAUUUUCAAGUACUGAAAGCAUUUUUUUUAUUCUGUUGUUUUUGUUUUCGUUAUGAAUUGAAAUAUAUGCUCUUAAAUCAUUGAACCUCUUUCAAUCCAUCUGUUUACUACAUUCCACAUUGAAUUUUUAAGCUAUAAAGCUAUAUAUUUGUUCAAUAAAGCUAUGUAUUAUGUUCAAUAA